AUGUUUUUAACUUGUUAUUUUCAUUUUAUGAUGUUUACUUCCAAGGCCUUGUCGUGGAGAUCUAAUUUUGGAGGGUUAAAGAAGUUAAGGAGAAGAUCAAAGGAUCCAAACGUCAUAAAUUCAAAGGUUUAUUGGUGUUUUGAGCAUAAAUAUAUUCGCCGUACAGUUCUUUCAUUUUGUAAUAAUAAUCCAUUUACACGUUCAUUUUCAAAGUUAAUAAAUCCCGAGGAAGAAUCAGGUAUUUUUUAUUUUUUAAGCCAUGUUUUAGGUUAUAGAUUAUCUCACGAGUUAUCACUUCCCGGGCCUUUUACGGGCUUCAUUCCAGUAAAUGAAGGCUUAACACAGGCCUUACCGAAGCUGGAGUCCUCAUACAAGGAUGCGGUAGUUGAUUUCGUAAGGUCUCACUUUACCCAUCAUUUAUGGCUACAUCGUGAUCUGCUAGGCUCACCAACACAGCCCUGGCUACUGUAUAACAAAACUCGCAAAUUUCCAAAAAAACUACAAACCCUUAAUAACAAAUCUUUGUUCUUCGAACACACAGGAGAUCUGUCAAAGGGUGAUAAGGAAAUCUUUGUGAAUGGAUCAAGGAUACUUCGCUGGAACAUGAGAUGUCAUAAUGGAGUUAUUCACCUGAUAGAUAAACCCCUCUUUGAUAUUUAG